CGCUUCAUUCUUCAGAUAUAUUAACCAUGUAGUCCCCCUUUCCUUGCGCUAGCAACUCCGCACGUCUUUUAGAUUUUAAAUUUACCCGCUUUUUUUUACCACUUCUCUGACAUAACCUGCCUUGCCGUGUUAGUCGUUUGUAACAUCAUUCCUUUUUCGUGCGCCGCAACAGACGGACGUCUUUUUUCAAAAGUAUUUUCUAUAAGUUCGUUAUCAUGCCGAAACGUAAAGUGGAAGACAAGAUCGAAAGAUACAAGGAAAAAAUAAGAAAAUUAGAGGGAAAACGUCGUCGUAUUCGUGCUGUCUCCUCAUCAGAUUCGGAACAAAAUACAAGUCCGAGAGAACUGGAGAAUCCGAACGACGAAGUGAUCGACUGUGAACCAGAUGCGCCAAUGGACCCACCGAGCGACGCGGCGCCGGCCUCCGAGGCCCCCACCGACUUGCCUCUCGCAGAAGCUGAACCAGCGCCGCUCGCAGUUCUGGACCUGGACCCGAAUAUUCUAGCGGCACUAGGCGAGAUUACGGAUGAAACCCCGGAGUUUGGCGCAAAAAUUCACGAGAAUCUCGCAAAAUUAUGGCUGCCUUUAUUGAAGAAAGGCAUGACUAAGGAGUGUCGAGAGGCGCUUAUGGCGAAUUAUCCUAUCCCGGAAAAUUGCUCUUUACUUCAAGCGCCAGCACUGAACCUCGAAGUUUCAGCGGCUAUACCAGAGUCUAGUAGAUUCCGAGAUAAGAAAAUGACCGCUACCCAACAACAGCUGGGAGUAGGCAUUACUGCAAUUAACCGAGGGUUACACUUGCUGGUUAAUAGUGACAGCAGAAUAGAGGCUAUCAAGUAUAUCAGUGACGGAUGCCGUAUUCUAUCCGAUCUGCAUCACCAAAAUACAGAGGCUAGAGUUAAAUUCAUAACUCCCUGCCUGGACAAAUCCUUUUUACAAUUCCUCGAUCGCUCCGAACGGGACAGUACUCUGUUCGGCAACGACCUUUCGGAAAAAAUAAAGGCCUCAAAGGCUAUUGUAAAACAAGGUGAUCUAAUCAAAAAACCUUCGCCUGCUUCAAAGCCUUCAGCUUCCAAGAUACAGCCCACGGUUCCACGGUCCAGCUACCAGGGAAACUGGUCGGGACCUUCUCGCUCCCAGUCAAACAGGGGAGGGGGGCGAGGAGGUCAGAAUCGGAUCAACUACCGAACUCCCCCGACGACAUCGGCAGCGGCAACGACCAGUCGGGCCAGGUACAGCCACAAGCCACGUGCUUCAACACGACGUCGAUAACCGAGGUACAUGCAGGGAGAAUACAAUUUUAUUAUAAUUGUUGGCUUAAAAUAACCGAUAACAAAACUGUCCUUAAGUGGGUUAGUGAAGGCGUAGAUAUCCCCUGGUCUGAGAGAGUACAACCUCACAUUGUAACAAACACAUGUUGGUCUAAACAAGACAAACACGACAUGGCGAUCGCUAUUAAAAAGCUGUUAGACUUAGGUGCCGUCAGCAUUUGUGAACCCGUAAGAGACCAGUUCAUAUCCCGCAUAUUUCUAGCAACUAAACCAAAUGGCGGUAAGAGGUUUAUCUUAAACCUCAAACCAUUUAAUAAGUUUGUUAAAAAAUCACAUUUUAAAAUGGAAGAUCAUAGGACCGCAUCUAAACUUAUUCCAAAAAACGGAUUUCUGGCUACUAUUGACCUUAAAGAAGCCUAUUUAUUAGUACCGAUUCAAAAGUCAUUCCGUAAAUACCUUCGAUUUCAAUUCGAAAAUGAUAACGGUGAUACAAUAACGUACGAAUUUAAUGCUAUGCCCUACGGUCUUUCCAUCGCACCUAGAGUUUUUACAAAGAUAAUGAAACAGGUUAUAUCAUAUCUUAGAUACCGCGGAUAUAAAUCCGUUAUAUAUCUUGACGAUAUAUUAUGUAUUGGUAAAUCCUACACCGAGUGUCUUAGUAACGUUAAUGAGACAUUGCAAACAUUAAAGUGUCUCGGAUUCAUAAUUAACUACGAUAAAAGCUCUUUAAUACCCCAACAACAAUGCAAAUUUCUUGGCUUUAUUUACAAUACAACAAACCUUUCUGUUUCCUUGCCUAAAGAAAAACGACAUAUCAUCGCGCAGCUAGCUAAAAAGUUUACCAGUCGACCCUCUUGCACUAUUAGAGAAUUUGCUCACUUAAUCGGUGUUCUUACCGCAGCGUGCCCCGCUGUUAAAUACGGGUGGCUAUAUACCAAAGCCUUAGAACGCGUAAAAUACCUUCUCUUGAAAAGAUUUAAUAAUAACUAUAACGCAAAAGUAAACUUACAACAGUACAAUACAAUUAUUAAUGACUUAAACUGGUGGGCUCAAAAUAUAUACAUAUGUACGAAUUUCAUAAAAAAUCCAGAUUUCAAAAUAGAAAUAUUUUCUGAUGCCUCUAAGACAGGCUGGGGAGCCUUUUGUAAUGGAAACCGCGCCCACGGAUCAUGGAAGGAAACCGAAAGGGAUUGUCACAUAAAUUAUUUAGAAUUGUUAGCUGUUUUUCUAGCAUUAAAAACGUUUGCUAAGCAACUCUGUAACUGCUCUAUUUUGUUGAGGGUGGACAAUAAUACAGCAAUAAGUUAUAUUAAUAGAAUGGGAGGAAUUCAAUACCCUCACUUAAAUAAUCUUGCUUCCCAAAUUUGGCAAUGGUGCGAGGAGCGAGACAUAUGGCUGUUUGCAUCUUAUAUUAACACUAAGCAUAAUAUUGAAGCCGAUAUCGAGUCAAGAAGAAUUAAUCCGGAUAUAGAAUGGAGUUUAGCAAACCACGCAUUCCAAACUAUCAUUGUCAAACUGGGUCAGCCCGUAAUUGACCUAUUCGCCUCUCGCACUAAUGCCAAAUGCCAUGUAUAUGCAUCCUGGUUUCCUGACCCAGACGCGUCUUUUGUCGAUGCAUUCACUAUCGACUGGAAACGUAUGUUCUUCUACGCUUUUCCCCCAUUCUCAUUAAUACCGAAAUGCCUUUAUAAGAUUAUACAGGACGAGGCGCGUGGCAUACUAGUGUUCCCAUGGUGGCCAUCACAACCUUGGUUUCCCAUGCUAAGAGAUUUAAUUUCCUCUGAAAUCAUAUAUUUUCCACCCAAUAAAAACUUACUUGUUUCCCCUUCCAGGAACAUAUACCACCCACUACACAGUCAACUUACGCUGGCUGCAGCGAUACUCUCCGGCAGUCGUUCCUCGGACGUAAUAUCCCCAUAGAAUCGAUAGAUCUCAUGCUAGCAUCGCUCUCUGAUAACACUAAAAAACAAUAUAGUGUCUCAUACAAAGCCUGGUGGCAGUUUUGCAAUAUUAACAAUAUUAAUCCAUUCGAGGGUACAGUGGCAAAAGUUAUUUCUUUCCUAACGGAACAGUUUAACAAGGGUGCCUCCUACGGAUCCCUAAACUCACACAGAUCUGCACUCUCGUUAUUAUUGGGCAAUAAUGUAGGUUCUGACGAAUGUGUAAAACGAUUGUUAAAGGGAGCAUAUAAGCUUAAACCUAGUAAACCUAAAUAUACACACACAUGGGACCCACAACUAGUACUUAACCAUGUUUCUAAUUGGUACCCGAAUAGGGACUUGGACUUAUACCGGUUAACUAAAAAAUUAGUUAUACUACUUGCUUUAUGUACGGCACAAAGAGUCCAAACUCUUUCCCUUAUUAAGCUUGAAAAUAUAAAUAUAUCAUCCACUGGAAUUAAAAUAAUAAUAACAGAUAUUAUCAAGACUUCUGCUCCAGGUAGGGAACAGCCCGUACUUUUUCUUCCCUACUUUGUAGACAAUACAAAUAUUUGCCCGGCCACUGUACUUUCAGAUUACAUAUACGCUACGAAAACUCUCCGGAAUAAAAACUCUGAUAAUUUAAUAUUAACAAUUAAAAAACCCAACAGGGCGGCCACGGCCCAAACUAUUAGCCGUUGGAUAAAGUUAGUGUUGUCAGAAAGCGGUGUAGAUACAUCGAUAUUCAGUGCACACAGUACACGACACGCUUCGACCUCGUCCGCUAGUUCAGCGGGAGUGUGCAUCGACACAAUACGCAGAACCGCGGGGUGGACUAGCCGCUCACAUACGUUCGCCAAGUUCUAUAAGCUGAACAUAAUUAAUGAAGCAGAGUUUGCAGAGUCAGUAUGUCUCUAGACUGAUUAUAUUGUGAUACAAUUAUAAUUAUAUUUGUUUAAGAAAAAAUAUUUUUGUUUAACACAU